AUGACAGUGCAAGCGCAUUCGCAGAGGACGGCCGGGCUCGGGCUGCUGCUGCUGCUACUGCUGCAGGGCGGCGGGGGCAAAGCCAGUGUGAUCAAGUCCUGGAGGGGCUUUGGUCCCUUUCCUGUGGGUAAGACGGAAUAUGACGCAGACCCGUUGCUGGCUCAGCUGCCAAUACAUGAAGCUACCAAAAACAGCUCCUUGCGACUGAUCAGCGAGACUAGCUCGGACGGCUUCGUGGGCUGGCAACCCUUUAGGGCUGCCAACGAUCAAGGAUGGGUGCAGGUCCAGUUCCCCAACGUCAAUUACAAUCACGUGGUCCAAGCGCUCAACAGUAUCACGGCCAUCGAAUUUCAAGCUUGGUUUUAUGCCUCCUUCAAGGUGCCUUCAGCUCGCACCUACUAUGUCCGAUGCCAGGGCGUGCACAAUUUUGAAAUUGCCCCUGCCCACGAGCCAGCGACGCGGUUCCAUCAUGGCGACAUCUACUCCAAUCUGGACUUAUGGACGCCGCUAUCACUGAACACUGGAACAUACCACUUGCGUUUCCGCCUUCGAGGACGCGGAUCUGCCCAGUUUCGCUGCGAACUUCGCUCCACAUCGCUGUGCAACCAUUUGGUGGCAUCUCAUUCAUGCAAGGUCUCCCAUCCCUACUCCUCUCUCCAACGCCGCCAAGUGGUACUGCUGCGCGUCACGUCUGCCCGCCACAUGCAUCAGUCUAUUGCCCACACCAGUGCUGCCCUGUCCUUGCCAUGUUACGUGGCUCCUGGCCAGCUGCGUCGCUGCGGCCUGCAAGUAUACCUGCCAAAAUUCACGCCGUCAAAACUGGGUGAUGCCUGCGUGCUUCUUACGAUUGAAGCCGUCGAUGAGAAUGGAGCAUCGCUUGGAAUAUCGUUUGAAACAGCAUUGCGCUGUCGCGGGCGGCUGCAGUCGUUCCGCUAUUCCUAUUUGGAUCAUGAUUCCACGCUCGUAUACGCUGCAGCCAUUGCCCCCCAGGAUUGCAGCACUUGUGCUGGCACAGGUGGUUGUGAUUUCGAGUUGAGCUUGUCAGGUGUGGGCGUCACACCGGAGGGGCAAGCCGAUGCUCAUAAGUACAAGGCACAGCCGACACAGGCAGACUAUUCGUUUGGCUACAGCGACCGUUGGGUCAUCUGCCCCGAGCGCCCCCACGCCCAUAACUGGGAAGGCAUGGGCUUCCAAACUGCCACUUAUGCGCCUGUGAUGGCUGCAGCCUCUGCCGACCCGGCGCAUCAUCCAUUAUCCUUUGAGAGUGCUUCAGCACCUGGAACCGAGCUGUCAACUUCAUCUGGAUACGCCUGCAAUCAUCACUGGCCAUUCUCGAGCACCAAGAGCGUGCUGGAAACAGCGAUUGCUGAACACGAUUGCACAAAGUCCGCCAUGAAUAUGGCUGGCAAGCCAAUCUUGAUUAGGCAUGGGAGCCAUGAUCGCACGGUGCCGCAUCUGCGGCUCAAUGUGACAUACCAGGAAUUCGAGGGCCAGGACCACUGGUGGUGGGACUCUAGCUUGCCGAACGAUGGCGGCGUGGUUUUUGACCCCACUGUGCGAACGUUUGUGCAAACGGCCGCUGAGUGGCGGCAUCGCGUUCGUCCAGCACAAUUUGACGUUGCAAGUCUGAACCCUGCCACCUUCAGUGGUCUCUAUGGCGUGCGCAUCCUGAAUCCGCGUCGCACUGGCCGCGCGGCACACAUUCGAGUGUCGGAAGGACCCGCAAAAUGCAGCUUCACGCUUGAGGCUCGUAAUGUAUUUGCAUUUGAAAUAAGCGCUAAGGUUGGGCUCUGA